AAGUGUUUCUAUUAGUUCUGUAAUUUAUGCUAACCUGGUACAUCGCAUUUGUCAAAUCAGCUGGGUUUUGUUAUUAUUUGUUCUUAUUAGUGCAUAUUAGAAACACAUAAACAUAAACUGAAGUAGUUGCAUAUACGCACAGUAAAUAAAUAAUUAAUCCUAGCAAUCAAUGAUUAUUUUAAAAAAGAGUGUUCUCUUGUCUACUGUCAUUUUUAGCCUUUUUAAAAAAAACUCAGCAUUUUUAACUACCAUGUCCGGAGAGUGUUCGGCGAACAAAACAUCAGGAUCUUACGUAUCAGGAACGCAUUCGGUUGCUUACGUUACAGCUCCAAAUGAAGAAAUAGGCAAGAAAUUGGCCCAUGGCCUUGUAUCAAAUAAAUUAGCAGCUUGUGUAAACCUAAUACCGAAAAUAACGUCAAUCUACGAAUGGGAAGGCAAAAUUGAAGAAGAUUCAGAAGUACUUUUGAUGAUAAAGACCAGGACUUCAAGGAUUCCUGAACUGACUGAGUUUGUAAAGAAAAAUCAUCCAUACACAGUAUGUGAAGUCAUCUCAAUGCCCAUAGCAAAUGGUAAUGAAGAAUAUUUAAAAUGGGUUGGUGAAAUAGUUCCUACCAAAUAAUUUUAGUACCAAUUAAUUUUUAAGUUUGUCAAUAAUUUUAAUGUCUCUUACUACAAAUGAAUAGAAAUUUGAAAUGUACACUGAACUUUGAUAAGGAAUGUAAUUAUUUUCAAAACAAAAUUACAAGAUCACUAACUUUAUAUGUAAUAUUUGUCUUUCUAAAUAAAAAGAAAAUAAAAGUUUUUCCAGAAUAAAAAAUUUUUAAGGUU